GGGAGAGAGAGAGAGAGAGAGAGAGAGAGAGAGAGAGAGAGAGAGGGCAGGGCUCUAGGUAUGUGAGAACAACAGCACGCCUGGCCAGUGGGACAGAGAGGGGAAGUGAGACGAAAGGAAGGAGAGGAAGAAGAGGAGAGUGUGUGGUUAAGUGCAUGCAAGUGUGUAUGUGUGCGUGUGUGUGAAAUCAGAUGGAGACAGUGUCCAAGUGCGAGACAUUGAGGCAGUGGAGAGAGAUGCUCGAGGAGGAUGAGGAGUAACAGGGCGAGGCAGCAGCGUGAGGCGCUGAGUGUGUGUGGUUGAGGAAUAGUGUGUGAACAGAGGGAUGCAGUCAUGUCUCUGUGAGAGGGAGCAGCACAGCAACGGUAACCAUGCUGAGCCCCAAGAUAAAACAGGCACGCCGGGCACGGUCCAAGAGUAUGGUGCUUGGAGAGCUGUCUCGGGUGUCCAGGCCCUGCUCGCCUCUGGAUCAGGAAAAAGCACUGAAGACAGGCUGGCUGAAGAGACAGCGUAGUAUCAUGAAAAACUGGCAGCUGCGCUGGUUUGUCCUGAGGACUGAAGCGCUGUAUUUCUACAAGGACCAGGAUGAAACCAAGGCACAGGGUUGCAUUCCUCUUCAGGGCAGUCAGGUCAACGAGCUGCCUGCCAAUCAGGACGAGCCUGGUCGCCACCUUUUUGAAAUUGUUCCAGGGGGGGCUGGAGAAAAGGAUCGAACAGGUAUAAGCCAUGAAUCAUUCCUGCUGAUGGCCAACUCUCAGAGUGACAUGGAGGAAUGGGUCAGAGCCAUACGAAGAGUUAUAUGGGCUCCGCUUGGAGGAGGUGUGUUUGGGCAGCACCUGGAGGAGACAAUGUUGUACGAGGCCCAGUGUGGCCCCCAGAGACUGGUCCCUGUGCUGGUUGAACAGUGCGUGUGUUUUAUACGUGAACACGGGCUCCAGGAGGAGGGUCUUUUCAGGGCCCCUGGACAGACCAAUCACGUUCGAGAGCUUCAGGACGCGUUUGACCGUGGCGAGAAGCCGGUGUUUGACAGUACCACAGAUGUCCACACAGUGGCGUCGCUGCUAAAGCUGUACAUACGGGAGCUGCCAGAGCCUAUAAUCCCAUUCUCCAAAUACACCCAGUUUCUCUCUUGUGCUCAGCUACUAACCAAGGAUAAAGAAAUGGGUAUCAUAGAGCUAGGCAAACAGGUGAAAUCCCUUCCUCAGGUCAACUACAAUCUCCUUAAAUACAUCUGCAGGUUUCUGGAUGAGGUUCAGUCUCACUCCAAUGAGAAUAAGAUGAGUGUUCAGAAUUUGGCCACUGUGUUUGGACCCAAUAUCCUUCGGCCCAGAGUGGAGGAUCCAGUUACCAUGAUGGAGGGAAGUUCACAGGUGCAGCACCUGAUGACUGUGCUGAUCAGUGAACACUCCCGCCUUUACCAAAGUGAGGAGCCAGAGGCAGAGACCAAGAUCCCCCCACAGCAACAGCUGAAUUCUCUCCAACGGUGCAAAGUGGAAUGGUUCUCACAAGAAGAUGGUGAGCCCCCACCCACCUCAGGCACAGACUCCAAAAACCCCAAAGAGGAUCCCCAAUCUUCCACUCCUUCUUCAGACAGUAAGCUGUCUGGACCAAGCCCCAUUACAACUCUGGAGAAGGGUGGCGAUGGCCAAAUUGAAGGAAAGGGCAAAAGUAAGACAGAGGAAAAAGUGGACGGAAAAGCAGACAUCAAAACUGAAGGGAAAAGUGAAAGCGAAGUAGCUGUUAGCCCCAGUAAACAGUCUAAAGCCCUUCCCUCCUGGAGGAGCUCCUUCAAGGGCAGUGCAGCUUCUGGGGGGCAGAGGGGGAAAAUUGGGGGGUCAGCGGGGGAUGUGUCAGCAGCUGGUGGGAGCAACUGGCUGAUGAAUGGCCUGUCGUCUCUCCGAGCUCACAGACGCACCACUUCGUCUGGUGAAAGACUGAAAGACUCUACUCUGUCUCUGAAGGAGACUGCUCUUUCACUUAAGGACUCACAGAGAGACUCUGAAGAGGACUCCUCACGAGCGUCCCUGUCUCACAGAGCUCUCCACCAAUCCCACAGACUGUCCGCUUACGACAAUGUCGCCCCCUCCAGUCUAAGUCUGCCUGCUGACACCUCCUCAAUCUGGGCGUCCUUUGAGAUCUCAUUGGCUGAACCAGAGGGAAGUGAUAAGGCACUCAAAGCAGGACAGGGUCAGGAGGGGCCCACAGAGGUGAAGGACAUUACAAAUACUCUGGAUCCCAGUGCAAGUUGCACUGAGGAUGAUCUUGCCCAGCUCAAGCAGGAGCUAAAGAAACAGAGGACGAGCUAUGAAGCCCGCAUUCGCAAGUUGGAGGAGUCCUGUUCUAACUACCAGUCCCAGGUGAACCGCCUUGAGGAGGAGCUGGACCAGGAGAAGAAGAAGUUUCACAUGCUGGAGAUCCGACUCAGGAACUCGGAGAGGGCACAUCAAGACGCAGAAAACCGAAACAAUCUCCUCCAGCAGGAGAUGGAGGAGUUCUUCAAAACACUUGGAGAUCUGACCACAGGAGCAACACGGACCAACUAGACCAGACCAACCAGCCUUCAUCUGGUCCAUCAGAGGAGGAGGAGCUUGAUUACUGGGAAGACCAGCCAGCCCCAAAGCUUUGAAGACCAAAUACCUCUAGUGCAGUACUACUUGCCAUUGUAUCCUCUUUAGUAUGGCCGUCUUGUGCCUACACUGACCAGUGCCGGUGCCAAACGAGAACUCCUCUGGACCAAGCACCUCUCAUUUUACCAUUCCACUAACUUCCUUACUAUUAUACUCCACAGGUCAUGUAGCUGAUUAUUUAUUGACUAAAUUCCUCUGUAGGAGACAAAAAAGUCUCUACUAAUAAUAUGAGGUACAGUCUUCCUAUAAACAUUCUGUUAAUUUCCCCUUAGGACUUAGGAUAUUCUUGAAAGAAAAGAAAGGAUAAUGUGAGACAUUAAAAUUCAACUCUUUUAUUUGCUGGAGUUGAAGGUACCGUAGACAGUUUCCAUUUCUGAUGUAUAUAAUUGGUCUGUUAGUGAGGCAAUAUCAGAUCCAAAGGCUAAAUUUCACACAUCUGGCCUUACCAUAACACACCACAACAGGUUUAUUCUUUGCUGUCAGUAUAUGGCAAAACCAUCAAAGACUGCAGCAUCAUCCCAGUAGCGCUGAAUGGCUUUCCUUUGUUUCCUCUAAAUGUACCUGCACUAAAACCAGAUUUGCUCAGAGAAAACUCAUGCGUAGUCUAUUCUAACUUUUUUAUUUUUGAGAAGAUGGAGGGGAGGGGGAAAAAAAACACAAAAAGAGGAAGCCACUACAGUCAUUUGAAAUGUGGCCCAGAAAGGGUCAGGACAUGCGUCACAAUCCCCAAAGUGCAUUCUGGGAGCUGAUGCUAGAGGUUACUGCCUAGAGUGCCCAACCAUGAAACGGGCAAAGGGACAGGUUGGGAAUUUGAGCCAUCAAUUAUAUCCAAAGGUUACCAUGGCAGGUAGCAAAUGCCUGUUUCCUGACUCUCAGAAACAUACAUACAUCUACAUUAAAAUGUACAGAUCAGUUACUAAGUAUACUAAUCUAUGAAUUAUAUUGCACAGAAAACAAAAAAAAGAAACAAAAUACAUAUAAAUAGUACUUCUGAAUGAAAUGUACAUUACAUACAAUAGCCACCUCCUAGCUUGAAAUAAAUAAAUAAAUAAAUAACACAAAUGCAGAAAAAAAAACUUGAUCUUUUUUUUUCGCAUUUCUUUCGAAUGGUGUGCCAUGAUAUACAACGUGUGUUUGAGUGUGUGUCUGUGCACGUGUGAGGUAGAACUCAGAAAGACGCAGCGCAGAAGAGAGGAGCAUCUGCCACGGAGAGGACUGAAAAUCACUGAACUGAGUAAGGGCACUUAAACGAAACAUCUCAAACAUCAGACAGCUGUGAAUAAUGUCUGAAAGAACCUGCCAAAAUGGUAAAGUGACUAAUUUAGACCUGGUCUCUGGUGACAGUCACCAAAUACAACUCACUCAUUCUAGCCAGUGGAGUGGCCUAAAUUAACUUCUUACAGCGCUAACAGUAAUCAUUGGCUCCUUACAAUGCCACAUUUCUAUUCACUUACAUUCACCCUGUUCUUCCUCAUCGAACAGACCUUCACCUACAAAUUACACCUAUGUAAAUACACAAGUUAAAAUGCAGUCGGUUUACAGUAUGCUAUAGUAAAAAAAAAAAAAAGAAAGAGAAAUUCAGUGUCAGGGCAACAGGCCAUUUGACUGCUUGUCAAGA